AUGUCUACAGAUCAGCAUCCUUAUUUAACAGCGAGUCCGUUUAGUAAGCUUUUUUAUUCAUGGGUAUCAAGUCUUCUUUCACUACGUCGUAAACGACCUCUUGAAUACAAUGAUAUCUACGAUGUAUUGCCCGAUGAUCAAAGUGAACCAUGGAUCGAUCGACUAGAAAAAGCAUGGGAAAACGAAAUUGUACUGUCGACUAAAUUGGCUAAGAAAAAACAGCAGCCUUCACUAAUACGUGCUACUUGGUCAAUAUACCGUUAUCGUUAUGGUAUCAUCGGCAUCUAUCUCUUUAUCUAUACAAUGCUUCGUUUUAUUCAACCAUUUGUACUUGCACGUUUCCUUCGUUGUCUUGUACCUUGUUCGAAAAAAUCAUUUGCAGAGAUGAUAUGUUGGGCUGCACUCAACAGUGUUUUUCCUUGGUUAAUGUUCACGAUUCGACAUACGGGUUUGUCACGUGGUUUUCUUGCCGGUAUGCAUAUUCGUUGUGCGUACCAUGGAUUAAUCUUUCGUAAGAUCGUCCGAUUAUCGAUGGGAUCAUUAGGAGCUCAGUCAAGUGGAAAAAUUAUUAAUAUGAUGACGAAUGAUGUACAAACAGUUGAACAUCUAGUACUCGAUGGACAUUUUUUUUGGAUCGGCACAUUAGAAACUAUUGUCGUAUUAGCUAUUCUUUGGACACAUGUUGGUUUCACCAUUCUACUGGCUAUGAUAUAUACAUUAUUGGUUGUUUCCAUUCAAAUCCUCUGUGGUAAAAUUAUGCAGAUCAUUUGGACAAAACGUGUUCGACAAACAGAUUUGCGUAUCAAACUAAUGAAUGAAAUCGUUAAGUCGAUUCAUCUCGUUAAAAUGUACGUUUGGGAAAGACCAUUUCAAUUAAAAGUCGAACGUGUACGACGAAAAGAAACUUUCUAUGUUAUCCUAAAAUCAUUGAUGAUUAGUGUGAAAAUAGUCAAUGGUUACUCAUUUUCAUUAAUAUUCUUUCUUAUCGUUUUCGGUCUUCUCUGGUAUCGACGUGCCCCAUUCAAUACGGACUUUUUUACGAUUGCUUUCGUGCUUAUCUCCUAUCUUCGACAUACUUAUUUGCAUGGUUUUGCUACUUCAUGCAUAAAUUUAUCCCAAUAUUGGGUAGCAGUACAACGUAUUCAGGCAUUUUUAACUGUCGACGAAUAUAAUCAAUCAAAAAUGAUCAUUAUGCAAAAUGAAUUUAAUAAUAAAGAUAAAUUGACCAUUGAUAUUCAAAAUUUGUCAUCGAAUUGGGAGAAUGCUUCCUUUCACCUACGCGACGUGACAUUUUCGGCACAAACUGGAGAAUUGAUUAUCAUUAUUGGAUCGAUCGCAUCAGGAAAAAGCUCAUUGCUAAUGACUUUACUUGGUGAAAUGAAAAUGACUAGUGGUACCAUAAAGUUAAACCGAAAUGCUCGUUUUUGUUAUGUACCUCAAGAAUCAUGGAUAUUUUCUGGUUCGAUUAAAGAAAAUAUUCUUUUCGGAAUGGAAUUCAAUGAGAAAAAAUUCAAUGAAUCCAUUUAUGCUGCCGGUCUCGAUACGGAUUUAGAAAACUUUCAAUAUGGUGACUCGACUUUGGUAGGAGACAAUGGAAUCAUUUUAUCUGGUGGACAAAAAGCACGUUUAUCGUUAGCUCGAGCACUCUAUCGAGAUGAAGAUAUUUAUCUACUUGAUGAUCCUCUUUCAGCUGUCGAUGUACAAGUUGCUCGACACAUAUUCGAAAAAUGUAUUCUGAGAAAUUUACGCUCAAAAGUGUGUAUUUUAGUUACACAUCAAAUUCAAUUUUUAAAAUAUGCUACGACAAUCGUAUUCCUUGAUAAAGGCACUCAAGUAGCAAGUGGAACUUAUGCAGAGUUAUAUGAGAUGUGUCCUGAAUUCAAACAAUGGACACAGACAAAUACAAAUAAUUCACGUUUGGAUUCAUUAUCCACUUCAGAGCCAACUACUCCAUUGAAUAUAUCAGCUCUACCGGACUUCAUUACACAAUUAUCACUAUUGACGGGAUCUUCUAGUAGUAAUGAAACAGAAAAAUUGCUGACACAAACAGUAGAAAAACCCGUGCAAAAACAAUCAGAAGAAUCCAAACAUACUGGUGCAGUCAGUCGAUGGGCAAAUGCUGAACGCAUUCGAUAUGCAUCGAAAUCAACGAAUGACAAUUGUACUGUUGAAGAUCAAUCGUCGAUUCGAAAUAUGACGAUUAAUGAAUGGUAUAAAAAACGAGAUAAUUAUUUCUACGUUCUUCUCGGAUUCGUCAUGUUAAAUAUCAUUAUUUUAUUUCUACGUACAAUUCUCUAUUUUCUCUCCACUCAUAUUUCUGCACGAACACUUCACAAUCAAAUGUUUAGCUCAAUACUUCGUGCACCUGUACUCUUCUUCGAUACAAAUCCGAUUGGCCGUAUUAUAAAUCGUUUUUCGAAAGAUAUCUCGUCGAUUGAUGAAAAACUAUCUGAAGUAACAUAUAAUUUUACCGAGGCAUUUUCCAGCAUUGUUUCAACAAUUUCGUUUAUCGUAUUCAUUCAACCAUUGUCAUUAAUAUCAUUAAUAUUUGUUGGUACAAUACUAGAACGAAUACGUCGAAUUUUUAGUCCAACAAUACGUGAUAUAAAACGGCUUGAAAGUCUCGGUCGAUCACCAAUCUAUUCUCAUCUUUCUUCAACAAUUCAAGGCGUACCAGUGAUCCGUUCCUUUGGAGCACAAAAAAUGUCUACACGAGAAUUUUCUCAUUAUCUUGAUGAGCACAGUCGUGCUUGUAGUAUUAUGCUUAUAAUGAAUAGAUGGGUAGCAAUGAGAGUCGACUCUGUGGUAGCAGCCUUUAUCGGUCUUCUUACAUUUUCAAUGUUAUUCGUUCAUCGAAAUUUACCUGUAUCUGAUUUGGGUCUUAUUUUGGCUUAUUCGUUUACAUUGAUGGGCACCGUACAAUGGAUAGUACGAUUGACUAUUGAUGUCAUGAUGCAGAUGACUAGCACGGAACGAGUGAUUGAAUAUAUUGAUUUAAAACCGGAAGAAUCGUCAACAAUUGAUGAAUUGAUCGUUUUAUCACCACAAUGGCCAAUUGGCUCCAUUGUCUUCGACAAUAUGUCCUUUCGUUAUUCACCAGAUUCAUCAUGGGUACUUAGCAAUAUCAGUAUUUCUAUUCAACCAGGCGAAAAAAUCGGUAUCGUUGGUCGAACUGGUGCUGGUAAGAGUUCAAUUAUUCAAUCAUUAUUCCGUAUGGCUGAACUUGAUGGUCGAAUAUUGAUUGAUGGAAUAGAUACAAAACAGAUUUCUUUGUACGAACUUCGUCGACAUAUUUCAAUUAUUCCUCAAGAUCCUGUUCUUUUCAAUGAUACUCUGCGAAUUAAUCUCGAUCCAUUCGGUGAAUAUUCCGAUAUUGAAAUAUGGAGUGCACUCAAUGAGGUUCAAUUUAAGUUCGAUUUGAUCGAAGGUCUUCAACAUCAAGUAACCGAAGGUGGAUUGAAUUUUAGUGUGGGUCAACGACAAUUAAUCUGCUUGGCUCGAGCAUUGCUUCGAAAAAAUCGAAUACUUCUUAUUGAUGAAGCUACAGCUAAUGUUGAUCACAAAACAGAUGAAAUUAUUCAAUUAGCCAUUCGACGUAAGUUCGUUCAUUGUACCGUAUUAACAAUAGCUCAUCGAUUACGAACAAUCAUUGAUAGUGAUAAAAUCCUAAUGUUAUCACAUGGCCGUGUUGUCGAGUUUGAAAGUGCUCAUGAAUUAUUAGGCGACGAUAAAUCCUAUUUUUCUCAUCUUGUCUUGCAAGCUGGUCAUUGGGAAGCCGAAUAUUUGAGACAUCAAGCCAAAAAAGCAGCCAAGUCACGAAAAUGA